AUGGAAUCUCCACAGAUCAACAACACGCUAUUUAAGCUUCUCAUCAUGGAGAUGAUCCCCACCAUAAUUGAGGUAUCAAGGUCCCAUGGUCUUUCCACUGAUCAAGUCAACCUUAAAAUCGAAUUACUUGGGUAUAAACUAGGCAUCAAACUCAACGAGCUUCUACUCUUUAAACUAGCUGAUCAGUUCUCCAAGAACAACGAAGACUUGGAAACUGUUCUUGACAUCAUGAAGUUCAUCUGCAAGGAUUUCUGGAAAAUCCUCUUCAAAAAACAAAUCAGUAACCUCCGUACCAACCAUAGAGGGACAUUUGUGUUGGUGGACUCCAACUUCAAGCCCAUCGAAAAUUUCGAUGUAUCUCGCCCCGACGCCCCGGUAAUGAUAAGCCACUACUUGCUGUACGUCAAUGGCGUGAUGAAGGGAACAUUGAAGAGUUUUGGCAUUAACAGUGUCAUCACCAACGAAAUCAACUUUCCGCUGGUCACCUUCAAUAUUGAGACAGACAACAACAACUAA